CACAGAAGCUGUGCAAUCACUACGCCAGCCUAUACAUACAUACAUACAUGUAUCACAAAUAAACUACACGUCUGCAUGUCUAUUCAUCACAUAUACAUUAGGAUAGAGAGAUGAGUGACAGAUAACUAGAUAGUGCAAGCACCACUAUGUAUAUAUAUAUAUAUAUAUAUAUAUGAAAUAACGAUUAAAUAUUUGACGCUGAUUUGACGCAUACACAUCUACUCAUUUCUGUUGCUUCUGUAUAGCAUCUGUUUUGUUAGGAAGAAUAAGAUUUUUACACCGAACUAUGGCAGAAUUUGACAAGAAGCAAAUUUUCACUACACUCAGCUUAGUGCUACUUGUAUGCCUUACUGCCACGGCAAUCGGUGAGGAUCGUACUCUGUCGGCCCAAUACAAACCGGGUACUUUGAAAGGAGCUCACGCGUUCUACUUUCUGGCAUUAUUCGCCUUCAUAGCUGCACUUAUAAUACACUUAUUAUAUGUUUUAAAAUUCGAAGUUCAGAUAUUAAAGUAUGUUUAUCUUGGAUUAAUUGUGACUGGACUUUUUUGUGCAGUACUCAGUGUUAUUCUGUACUAUCAAGCAUUCUCUAAAUAUCGUACAGCUAAACCGGAGUCGAAUUCAUGGUUGAUUGCAGCUAUAAUGGCUUCCUUCCAGUUGAGUGUGUUCGUAUUUAUGUAUCACUUAAAGUAGACGUACAAGUGACUGACUGAUUGAUCGAUUGACUGACUGACUGACUGAUGAUACAUUCACUCACUCACUCACUCGCUCAUUCAUUCGUUCACUCAUCAAACAAUAUGAACAAAAUCCAUGACAGUGAUCAUAGUCAUAAACACAUUUGAGCAGAAUUCAUCUUAUUUUCUUAAUUGUGUCAUUUGUUUAAAUUGACAAGACAGUUUUGUUUUGUUUGUUUUUUUGUUUUGUUUUUGGCAAAUAUACUCUUAAAUGAUUCUCCG